GAAUACACAUACAUUUAUAUACUUAUACAGCACAUGUGUUAAGUACACGGCACCCAUAACCUAUCAAAACAAAAAUAGUUGUAUAUAAAUCUUGUAAAAGUUUUUUGACAGCAAAAUAAUUUUUAAUGUCGAAUGAUUCUUCGGAAAAAUUGGAAUUAUUCCAAAAUCCUAAAAAUGAAUCCCUAGAAAAAGUCGAGUUGGUUGUUUAUGAUAAUGGGGUUCCGAAAGUCAUUCCAGCUUUGUCGAAGCAUUGGGUUGUGAAACGUUAUUAUUUAUUGUAUGAGAUUCCAAACAUUUAUGAUGAAAAUGGCAAAGAAAUAUUGGGAGCUAAGUCUACGUGGCUGGAAAUUAUCAAUUUUAUGAUAAAUGAUUUCUCUUGGCUGUUGCGGUUACCAUUUUUCAAAUUUUGGUCAAACAUUUCCUACAAUCGGCCAAUAAUGACCUCAAUAAUAUCAAUACUACAAAAUAUCCCACGAUUUCAUAAUCUGGAUAAAUUUCCCAACGAUAUCGAGAUGCAAGAGUGCCUAGAAAAAUUGCGUAGAAAAGUAUUGAAUAUAUUCGCGCGCAUUGUCACCAGCAAAGAGAGUCCAAGUGAGUUUAUGACCCCCGACUUUCACGGUACGCUGAUCUAUGAAAAAUUUUUAAUAACCAUUCCAAUUCUCAUGGACUUGUGUCAGUUGUUCGGUCGCGAGAAUGAAAAAGUGGUAAAUAAAAUAAUAAAAAUGUCUGUGAAAUCCAAUUAUUCUUACAUCGAUGAUUUGAAAAUGACUGUCGAGUGCACGUGCCAGCUGCUGACUUCCUUAGAAAAUAAACUAUUCGACAAGCCGAUCCCGAAAGCACCCGACGUUAUUCGGAUUACAGAAAUAGACUCAUCGGAUGCCAAGUUGACUAUCGAGGAAGUUGAAGACAUGGUAAUUUAUCUGAUGGACGUUGCGUCAAAUAUUGACAUAUUUUUGACUGUCUAUCCACAGGCAAUUGAUUAUUAUGCCUGCGAUUAUUUUAUCAUGAAAAUAAUAAGCGUUUAUGAAAAUAUUAUUCCCAUCAUUUACCGUAAAUAUGAUGAGCUCUCCCAUAAUAGCAGUUAUGUUACAAAUGAUAUUGAAUUCAAACGAUACUUGCUAAUUGCCAGGGCGGGAUUCAUAAAAGUUUUCCGUAGUAUUAUUUUCAAUAAUAUUGCAAACUUGUUAGAACACCAAAAUAUAUUGGAGGAAGAUAAUAUCAAAAAACGUGUCGAUGAGUUUUUAAAUUAUUUAACAAGUGUGAUAUCUGAUAGACAUUUCAUUAUUGAUUAUAAUUUAAUGUUUUCUAUUGAAGAUGAUAUAGAAAUGUUACAUCAGAUUACUUCGGAUAUUGAUGAAGUUAAAGAAAAUUUUAUAAAACGUUCAAUAUCUGAAGUAAUUUUAAAAUCACAACCCAAAGUUAAAAAAAAUUCAAUUGAGCCAAUGCCUGGUCCAAGUACCGAUGAAGCAGUUCCAGGCCCUUCAGCAACGGCUACCAACUUAACUGAUAAGUCUGAUGUUAAUAUUAAAAACUACAUAAGAGAUGUCAAAGACGUCAUGUGUGAUUUAGGCGACGGUUUUAUUGAAAAAUGUCUAAAGCACUACAAAUAUAAUACAGCAGAUGUAAUAAAUGCAAUACUUGAAGAUAAUUUACCUAGUGAAUUAAAAGAAUUAGACAGGACACUGCCCUACAUACCAGCGGAUCCCGCCGAAGCAUCGGCUGCCGUCGACAGGACUCUGGGAUUCGAGCGGCUGAAUGUCUUUGAUGGUGAUGAGUUCGACGUUAUGACUCAAGACAAAAUCGAUAAGUCUCGUGUUCAUCGCGGCAAGAGAAAAGAUAAAUACAAAAAUUUGAAUGAAAUGUUGAAUGACAAAUCGUUCAAAACUGAUACAGUCAAUAUUUAUUCCAAGUACGGAGUGAUUGAAGACGAAUACGACGACGAGUAUGACGACACAUAUGAAAGUCAUGAUGUCGGCUUACGUGGUGCUGAUGAUUGUGUUGAAAUGGAUGGCAAACCUUUCACUACACCCAGAGUCCUCCGAAAUUACGAAAAACCUGAAGUAUCUGAAGAAGAGUCUGAGGAAGAAGAAGACCAGCAGACAAAUGGCCGAUGUAAUUUUGUUCAAGACCCCAGCAUGCUGCGAGAGAAACGCGAAGCCGCGUUCCGUGGACGUGUUUUUAAACGCGGGGGUAAGUCAUCGGGAUCUGGAGACGUCGUUGGUAAACCCAAAGGCCAAGGUAAUGAUAAAGAUGUUCUAAUAAAUCGUGAUAAGAAAAAUACGAACAAAUCAUCCCGAGCUAAUCACAACCGUCGCUCUGGUGCUGAAUGGAAACGCCGUCAAGGAAUGGUGCCGUCUUAGAAAAUAUAUAUUAAAUAAUUAAAUCAGUAUUUAAUUAUAUUUAAAUAAAAAUAAAAUUUAAUACAACU